AUGGGGAAUGCACAGGAUAAGCCCUCUGGAACCGGGGGGGCUAAAACGGACCAGGCCACCCCGGGAUUCAGGAGGAGAAGCAGGGCCGGGAGUACGGAGAAGCCCAAGGCAGGGAAGGGUCCCCCAGAGAAGGGGUCGAUGGCCAACGGAGCCACCCAGGGGGACAGGAACCAGAGUAAGGACAUCCCRCCAGACACCAGCUAUCUGGACGCCCCUGCUGGAGCUCUGCCUCCCCACCUGGGCCGGCUCAAGAACGAGGGUAACCACCUCUUCAAAAACGGACAGUUUUCAGAUGCUGUGGAGAAAUACUCUGCGGCCAUCGAUGGCUGCUGUGACGCAGCACCGGCCCUGCAGUCUGUCUGUGCCCUGCCCCACCCCCUCUCUGUCUGUCCCUCCACCACGCCCCCUGCUCGUGGUCGUGUCCGUCUCCCGCACGCCGGCGAUGCUCUGUACAGGACUUCGUACCGCAUCGACGGCCGAGGCCCCCUCUCUGUCUGGUGCCGCUCCGACCCCGACUCGGGACUCUACGUGUCUGAUCAGGAGCGCGCUCGCCCACCCGCCUCUCUAACGGGGACUCCCCCCCAUCUGAUUGAGCACGGCUGUGGGAAGAUUCAGAUCUCACUGUCUGAUCAUGGGGAAAGGAGUGAGUACAAGGUCCAGAAAGCACACGUUGCCCAUUUGAACCGUGUGUGCUGCACAUCCCAGUGUCUGACUGUACCCAUUAAACCUCAGAGUGGAGCGAACGCCAUCUACUACGCAGGGAGACACGGACACGUGGAGACACUCAGGUUCCUGCAUGAAAAGACCUGCCCUCUGGACGUCCAAGAUAAGAGUGGAGAGACAGCCCUCCACGUGGCAGCUCGCUAUGGCAACGUGGAUGUGGUCCAAUACCUGUGUAGUAUCCAUGCCAACCCAGACCUCUCAGACAGGGAACAGGAGACCCCGCUCCACUGUGCGUCGUGGCAUGGCUACUCCUCGGUGGCCAGGACACUAUGCCAGGCGGGGUGCCAGGUUAAUGCCAAGAACAGGGAGGGAGAGAGCCCCCUCCUCACCGCCUCUGCCAGGGGGUUCGCUGAUAUAGUAGAGUGUCUGAUAGAACAUGGAGCUGACCUCAACUCUACUGACAAGGACAGCCACAUAGCGCUCCACCUGGCUGUGAGGAGGUGCCAACUGCAGGUGGUCAGAUGUCUGCUCCGUCACCGUUGCCCCGUCGACCAUCAAGAUCGCCACGGCAACACGCCGCUGCACAUCGCCUGUAAGGACGGCAACCUGCCCGUUGUCACGACACUGUGUGCUGCCAAGGCAACCCUCGACCUGCCCAACAAGUGUGGCAGGACACCUCUCCACAUGGCAGCUAUCAACGACCUUCUAGAGGUAGUCAGACACCUUGUGUUAGUGGGGCCCAAUACAGACGCCCGUUUCUUCGCCGUCACCAAUGAUGGUAAAACAGCAGAAGAUUUGGCAGUGCAGGAGCAGCAGGAGCAUGUUGCUGUGUUGCUGGGUAAACUGAAGAAGGAGCUACAUCCAGGCCUGCGUCCCACCAGCACCCCCCAGCCCCGGGUCAAGCUGAAGCUGCUGGGUCACUGCAGUGGGAAGAGCUCCCUCCUGGAGAGUCUGAAGUGUGGCAUCCUACGGGCUUUUCAGGAGGAGACGACCACGGGGCAACAACACCGACGACACCCAACUCACCCAUGGAGGGCAAGGCCUGUAGUGUCAGUGAGUAUCUCCAACCUGUAUCCUGGCUGUGAGAACGUCUGUGUGCGUAGUCGCAGUAUGAUGUUUGAGCCCAGCCUGACCAAGGGAGUCCUGGAAGUGUUCAGCCCCAACGCACUCUGCUCAGCCGACGUCCUCGCCACCAGAGCCAUCGACAUCCAGAACACUAACAUCAAUGGUGUAGGAGACUUCAGUGUUUGGGAGUUCAGUGGCAACCCUGUGUACUACUGUUCUUAUGAUUACUUCGCUGCCAACGAUCCUACAGCCAUCCACCUGGUGGUGUUCAGUCUGGAGGAUCCCUACGAGACUCAGCUCAGCCAGGCUACAUACUGGCUCAACAUGUUGAAGGCCUUAACACUACCACAGGAUACUAUAGCGUUUGGAGGUCGCAUCCAUAYCCCGCUGACGGUAGUCCUUGUGGGGACUCAUGCUGACGUGGCUUGCCUGCCUCGGGGGGCUGGAGGGGAGUUUGGAUACGACAAGGAGAGGCCUCUACUCAAGGAGCUCCGGAACAGGUUUGGCAACGACCUGCAGAUCUCAGAGAGGCUGUUUGUGAUGGACGCUGGAGCCUCCACCUCUAAAGAUGUCAAACUGCUCCGGAACCACCUGCUGGAGCUACGCAAUAACAUAGUCUCUACCUGUAGUCCCAUGUCCCUUUCAGAGUGUCUGGUCUCGACCCUGCCCUCCUGGAGGAAAAUGAGUGGUCUCUAACACCACCGCUGACGUCAUGGCAACAGUUUUGUCUCUGACGUCCAGGAACACAUCAACCCACUGGUCAGCGAGGAGCACCUCCGAGGGGUCGCAAAACAGCUCCACAGCAUGGGAGAGAUCAACCUGAUGCAGAGUGAGACGGUGCAGGAUGUGAUGGUGUUGGAGCCCCGCUGGCUGUGUAGUGGGGUGCUAGCCCGCCUCCUCUCUGUGGACACGCCUAAAGCCAUCCACCACUACAGGGGGCGCUACAGACUGGAGGAGAUACAGGCUCUGGCCCCAGAGAGCGACGUGGACGAACUGCUACAGGUGCUGGAUGCCAUGGACGUGUGCGCACGUGACCUGACCAACCCUGGCAUGGUGGAUGUCCCCGCCCUGAUCAAGACCAACAGCCUCCACCACUCCUGGACGGAGGAAGAGGAGGAGGACGAUGUUCUGAUCUACGGAGGGGUCAGGCUGGUUCCUGCUGAACACCUCACACCUUUCCCCUGUGGACUGUUCCACAAGCUACAGGUGAACCUGUGUCGCUGGAGUCACCAGCAGCGCCCUGAGGAUGAUACAAGGGAGGGGCCUGACGGAGACAUCCGCCUCUGGACCAAUGGGGCAAAGGUGAGCCAAGGAGGAGCGGAGGCCAUGAUCCUAUUGGUCAACCACGGCCAAGGGGUGGAGAUCCAGGUCAGAGGUCACGACAGCGAACGGGCCAAGUGUUACACCCUCCUGGACACCAUGGUUACCAUCACCGAGUCGCUCCUGUCCUCCACCCUCCCCGGCCUCCUCACCGCCCGGUACUACCUCAGCCCCCAGCAGCUCAGAGAGCAUCAUGGUCCCGUCAUGAUCUACCAGCCUAAAGACUUCCUGAAGGCCCAGACCCAGAGAGAGACCAGCCUCACCAACACCAUGGGCGGGUACAGGGAGAGCUUCAGCAGUAUCCUAGCRUUGGGCUGUACUGAAGUCUAUAGUCAGGGUCGUCUGUGUGCAGAUGUCCACAUCUCAGAGGUCAGCCUGCUGGCCAGGAGGAAGRUGUGUCGUCUGUUAGACCCUCCUGAUGCGCUGGGGAAGGACUGGUGUCUGCUGGCUAUGAACCUGGGUCUCACCUACCUGGUGGCCAAACACAGCUCCAGCCCCAACGGCACCCCAACCAAUGGGGGCCCUGCCCCGGACAAUGACCCCGCCCUCCUGGCCAGCCCCACGGCAGCGCUGCUCCUGGAUUGGUCAGUCCGUCCAGACAGCACGGUGGGGUUGUUGAUGUGGAAGCUGCGUGAGCUYGGGAGGCGUGACGCUGCUGACUUCCUGUUAAAGACCUCGCCUGUCUUCAGGGUCAACAUAGAGGGUGUGGCUAGGGGAGGGGGCAGAGCCUGUAACGGAGGCACCUCCUACAACUCCAUCAGCUCGGUCAUCUCCCGGUGAGACGGGUGUAAUCACUGGGAAACCAAGCGGGUAGAGAAACACAGGGACUUACCUGAAUUGGGMUUUCUUUUUCCCGUUGCAAAACAUUUUGCUUCAGUGUGCACUAUUGAAUACACACCAUGUCCUGGAUCAGAACAGCUUCCGCUCAUCCUGAUCUGGCCCACCAGAGGAGAAGACUAGAAACUGAUCCUAGAUCAGAGUCCUGACUGGGGAAACUAACUGUGUCCUGUCCCCAGAGUGAGGCUGGACUAACUAGGGCUGACGAACCAACCGACACCAAGUGCAAUCUAAUCUUUCCCGGGGGUUUAGUGUUAGUUCUCUCCUGUUAACCCCCUAGGUCACUGAUGCUCUGUGAGACUGAUGCUCUGUGCACAUCCAGUGUCCAUAUAGCUCCCCUCCUCUCUUCUCCUACUCUCCUCUCUCCUCCUCCUACACUUCUCUUUCCUUCUCCU